AUGGUUUUGCUUGUCUUGUGAUCACCUGACCUUCGUGAAUCGGCUUCUAGGUGGAAGAGGCGACCGAGAACAUUUUAGUGACGGUUUUUAUUUGGCGUUAAGCGAUAUUUACUCAAAAGGAGGUCCACUACGAUAAAAUGUUCCAGUAGAUAUCGAUAUAUGACAAUCUGCCAAAAUGUCUGGGAACAACCUGGUUUUACCCAUCGUGCUGUGGGGCCGCACUGCUCCCACUCACUGCAUCAGCAGCCUGCUCGUGAUGGACGAUUUUAACACCAUAAUCACCGGCUGCCAUGACGGACAGAUUUGCCUCUGGGAUAUGACUCCAGAGUUGCAGAUUUGUCCCAGAGCCAUGCUGUUUGGACACACAGCCUCCAUCACAUGUCUCUCUAAGGCCAAUGCAUCCAGUGAUAAACAGUACAUUGUCAGUGCAUCCGAGAGUGGAGAGAUGUGUUUAUGGGAUGUUAAUGAUGGACGUUGUAUUGAGUUCACCAAAUUGGCAUGUGCCCACACGGGCAUCCAGUUCUAUCAGUUCACAAUUGGCACCCAGCGGGAGGGGCGUCUCCUUUGCAACGGACACUACCCAGAAAUCCUAGUGGUUGAUGCCACCAGCCUUGAAGUGCUGUACUCACUGGUUUCAAAGAUUUCUCCUGACUGGAUCAGCUCCAUGAGCAUUAUCCGGUCUCACCGUACACAAGAGGACACAGUGGUGGCUGUGUCUGUCACUGGUAUACUGAAGGUUUGGAUCAUCACAGCGGAGGUCAGCAGGUUGCAGGACCUCGACCCAGUGUUUGAAGAAGAAUCCAAACCCAUCUACUGUCAGCAAUGUCAGAGCAUUUCCUUCUGUACCUUCACUCAGAGCAGCCUGCUCGUUGUCUGCUCGAAGUACUGGAAGGUGUUUGAUGCAGGCGAUUAUUCGCUGCUGUGUUCAGUGCCCAGCGAUGGUGAGCAGGCCUGGGCUGGAGGAGAGUUCAUUGCAACAGAUACAGUCAUCAUUUGGACUGAAGAUGGCAAGAGUUACAUCUAUAAGUUGCCUGCUAGCUGUGUUCCUGCUAGCAAGCAUUUCCGGAGUGAUAUUGGGAAAACUCGAGAAGGCAUGACCCCUCCAAUGAUCUACAGUGUUGCUGACUGCUCAGACAAACAGCUCCUGAUUUGCCCACCUGUAACUCGGUUUUUCUUUGGUCGACGAGAGCCUUUCCAUAAGCUCCUGAUCCAGGGUGACUCUUCGGGCCGGCUCUCGCUGUGGAGCAUCCCAGAGUGCCCCCCCCAGCCGAAGACUGCAACUGCCGGAGAGCUGCAAGUGUCAUCCACCAUCAGUCUUCAGCUGGCCUUUGACAAGCUAACACCUGUGUCUUCAGGCAUCAUCGAUCAGCUCAGUGUGCUUCCUGGCAAAGAGGAGCCCAUUAAGGUGACGGCCAGUGUCUACAUCCCCUCCCAGGGUCGGCUGGUGUGCGGGCGGGAAGAUGGAAGCAUCAUUCUCGUCCCUGCAACUCAAACUGCUAUCGUCCAGCUCCUGCAGGGGGAGCACAUGCUCAGAAGAGGCUGGCCACCUCACCGCACGCUGAGAGGUCACCGGAACAAGGUCACAUGUGUCCUAUAUCCAUACCAAAUCUCCCCACGUUACGAUCAGCGCUCACUUGUGUCUGGAGGAGUGGACUUCUCUGUUAUCGUCUGGGACAUUUUCACUGGCGAGAUGAAGCACAUUUUCUGUGUCCACGGAGGGGAGAUCACCCAGCUUAUAGUUCCCCCAGAGAACUGCAGUACUCGAGUGCAGCACUGUGUGUGCUCGGUGGCCAGUGACCACUCUGUCGGCUUGCUGAGCCUCAGAGAAAGGAAGUGCAUCAUGCUUGCUUCGCGACAUCUUUUCCCAAUCCAUGUGAUCAAAUGGCGACCAGCAGAUGACUACCUGGUCGUGGGAUGUUCUGAUGGGUCUGUUUAUGUCUGGCAAAUGGACACUGGUGCUUUGGAUCGAUGUGUGAUGGGUAUAACUGCGGUGGAGAUCUUGAAUGCCUGUGACGAACUGGCUCCGGCCACCGUGGAUGCCCUCAGCCAUUCGGCGGUCAAUUUAAAACAAGCAAUGACGCGUCGAAGCUUGGCAGCGCUGAAGAACAUGGCCCAGCACAAGCUGCAGACUCUUGCUACCAACCUCCUGGCUGCGGACAAUGCUGACAAGGGUAACCUGCCAAAGUACUCCCACAAUGCACUUGUGGUCCAGGCAAUGAAAACCAACCUGACAGACCCUGACAUGCAUGUGCUGUUUUUCGAUGUGGAGGCUGUGAUCAUCCAGCUGCUGACCGAGGAAGCCCAGAGGCCAAACCCCACGCUGGUGUCUCCAGAGACCCUGCAGAAGAGCCAGGCCGGCGCUGACAAAAGCGGGUCUUUCCUGGCCAAUAAAAUCUUCAAGCAGGUGAAGGAGACAAUGAAGGAGACAAUCAAGGAACACCUCCUGGAUGAAGAUGAGGAGGAGGAGGAGGAGAUGAGGAGGCGUGAAGAGAAGUCCAAGUCCCUGAGUCUGCUCGAAUACAAUCUGACCAUGGACACGGCCAAACUGUUUAUGUCCUGUCUGCAUGCCUGGGGCCUAAAUGAACAGCUGGAUGGCAUCUGUCUGGAGCGUCUUGGCAUGCUCAGACCACACUGCCCCAUCUCUUUCGGGCUGAUCUCCAGAGGUGGUCACAUGUCUCUCAUGCUGCCCACUUUUAAGGAAUCCUUGCUACGGCAGCUGUCCAUUGCAACAGGUCGAAAAUUGACGCUGCCAGAUAUCGUGGGAAAAGGAACUUACGGUUUAUCUCGAGCUGUUACCACUCAGCAUCUGCUGUCGGUCAUCUCACUGGCCAACACUCUGAUGGGAAUGACCAAUGCCACCUUUGUCGGGGAGCACAUGAAGAAAGCACCUGCAAGGCCUCCCAGACCAGGAGGAACCCCGGAGACUCCUCGGAGGAUGCCGGCCACCCCCCCUCAACCCUCCAACCCGGCGCUACAAGCUCAGAUCAAACAAGCUGCUGUAGCCACCAACCCCAGCACUGCUCCUGCUGCUGUGGCCAUGGGGCCCUCUGGGGCCCUUCCUCAGGGGGCCCCAGCCUCCCCUGGCCCUGCUUCACAUAACAUCCCCUCAGUCAAUGAAGGCUGGAGCCAACUGGCUGCAAUGCACUGUGUCAUGCUCCCUGACCUUCUGGGGUUGGACAAGUUCAGACCUCCACUGCUGGAAAUGUUGGCACGGAGAUGGCAAGACCGCUGUCUCGAGGUUCGGGAAGCAGCACAAGCACUUCUGUUAGCCGAGUUACGAAGAAUCGGUCAAUCCGGCCGCAAGGACACUAUUGACAUGUGGGCUCCCUACCUGCCGCAGUAUGUGGACACAGUCAGCUCCCCUGGGACAAAUGAAGGCUCCCCUCCUGCCCCACCUCCUCCUGAAGCUCAACCUAUGGAAGCCAAGGUUCCGGAGGAGGAAGUGGAUGUCACGGAUGAUGACAUCACAGCAGGCUGCCUCUCCAACAUCCCACCUAACGCUAAGAAGAUUUCCAACUCGUACGAAGAGCGCAGAAAGCAAGCAACUGCUAUUGUGCUGCUCGGUGUCAUUGGAGCGGAAUUUGGAGCUGAAAUUGAACCUCCGAAGGGCGCUGCCAGGGCUAGAGCUGGGGGACAGGCCCCGGAGGGCUUUGGUCUAACCAGCGGAGGCUCAUCCAACUACUCACUGGCCCGACACACAUGUAAGGCGCUGACCUUCCUGCUUCUGCAGCCACCAAGCCCCAAGCUACCACCCCACAGCACAAUCCGUCGCACUGCCAUCGAUUUGAUUGGCCGAGGCUUCACCGUCUGGGAGCCGUACAUGGACGUUUCGGCUGUGCUCCUGGGACUUCUGGAGCUCUGCGCGGAUGCUGAGAAGCAGCUGGCCAAUGUCACGAUGGGUUUGCCACUGAACCCUCCUGCUGAUUCAGCCCGCUCUGCCCGCCAUGCUUUGUCUCUCAUUGCCACAGCCAGACCCCCGGCCUUCAUCACCACCAUAGCAAGAGAGGUUCAUCGAUAUAACGCUGCCCAGGCGAACUCUCAGUCCCAGCAGAACGUUCACACCACAACACUGGCCCGGGCCAAGACUGAGAUCCUGAGAGUGAUAGACAUUCUGAUUGAGAAGAUGCCUGGAGAUGUUGUUGACCUUCUGGUGGAGGUGAUGGACAUUAUCAUGUACUGUAUCGAAGGAUCCUUGGUGAAGAAGAAGGGACUGCAGGAGUGUUUCCCUGCCAUCUGCAGGUUUUACAUGGUCGGCUACUGUGACCGCAGCUACCGCAUCGCCGUCGGAGCUCGCCAAGGAUCAGUAGCCCUCUACGAUGUUCGUACUGGAAAAUGUCAGAACAUCCACGGACACAAGGGCCCGAUCACUGCUGUGUCUUUUGCCCCUGAUGGACGUUACUUGGCGACGUACUCCAACGCCGACAGCCACAUUUCCUUCUGGCAGAUGAACACCAGCCUCCUGGGCAGCAUCGGCAUGCUCAACUCGGCCCCUCAGCUUCGCUGCAUCAAGACCUACCAGGUACCACCAGUGCAACCGGCCUCUCCCGGCUCCCAGAACCACCUGAAGCUGGCUCGCCUCAUCUGGACCUCCAACCGCAACGUCAUCCUGAUGGCUCACGAUGGCAAGGAGCACCGCUUCAUGGUCUAGUCCUCCGCUCGGGUGGCGUUUAUCGUCUCACUGGAAAGUCACUUUAAGUUUUCCUUCCGUAGCGUCUGUGUUCUGCUGGGCCCGAAGGAGAAUGUGGAUAGUAUCGUGCUUUUAUCUCAGUGAUGUUGUGUUUCAUCCCUGGAUGAUCCGCAUCCAUGUCGUUUUAGUGACGCACACCUUCCUGUCAUUCCUAUUUAUUUGCGCAUUCCAUCAUUGUAUUUAUUUUAAGAAGGUGUUUUUAGUGUAAGAUGGGUUUUUAGUAACUCACCUGAGGUUCAUUCACUAAAACAAUCUCAUGUCUUCUUCACGUCACAGAGGUCCAUCACAUCUUCAUUUGGGUCGGGUGCGUUUGUUGUGUGUCACAUUCACAAGAAGAAUCAGCUCUGUUUACAUGUGCAAGUCGUUUCGUUAUGUUACAGCGCGUUGCAGAAGUAUGAAGAUGAACUGGGUGACUUGGAUAUGGUUCUGAAAAACACAUCAUCUGAAGGCCACGUGCUUCUGAACAAAUAAAGUCAUUCUCUUUUAUGUUGAUUUUCACCUCAUCUUGCAUUCACUGAUAUUUAUUCUCUCUGUUGGAGUGUUUCUGUGGCUGAAAUGUUUUAAGUGCUUUUAUCCGCUCACCACUAGAACAGGCUUUCCUCAGACGUUGUUAGUGGAAAUCCUGAAAGAGAGUCUAUGAUAUGUCCGGCGGAUGGUUGUUGUGGAUGUAAAUAUUCAAGUUUAAAUAUUGCACUGUUUAAAUCAGAGGCUGUCGACGUGUCUGCAGAUAUUUAUUUUAGCUGACAGUUGUGUGUUUUAUCGCGGACUUUAAGGAAACGUUUCAUUAGUGCCACCGGUCGCUCCUCGCUCUGUCACACACCUGUGAACCCGGGAGUGUCAGAGCUUUUCACAAGUUGUUCUUUGGAAAAAAAAAAAAAAAAAUCCUGGAUGGUUUUUGAGAGUUGAGAAGAGCAGAUCCCGACAGCUGUGAGAUCUUAAUCUCUGCUUUUCUCCAGCAUCCUUCACAGUUUAGAGGAAAUGUGUUUUUGGCAGCAUCUCUGGGGAGGCGAGGUGAGAAAGGCAGGGAGGAAGAGCUGAAGAGUAAGUAACAAGUGAGGAGGAUCAGGUCAUCCAUCCAUCCAUCCAAAACAUAAAAGCUGCUUGAAGGAAGUGAAGCGAACAACCUGCAGCCCGACGGGGCGGAGACGUGGUCCUGGUGGAGAGUGAGGCUGCGGGUGUCGAUUCGGAUCAGCAGGUCUUUAAAAAUCUGUACUAAUGUGACUCGGCUGCACCCACCGUGCUCAGUGUAGGAACUCUGGUGUUAAGUGUGUGUGUGUCGUGAAGUGCAUGUGUAGAAGCUUCAGUCAUGAAAACAGUGUGUGAUGUUAAAAUGUAUUACUGAAUUUGUGCUCAUUAAAAUUAUCCUUUAGCCACUGCUUUGUUAUUCUUCUACAUGCUACACGAUAAUGAAUGGAUUCAUAAAUAGUUUUCUUUUGUAAGUCCAAGAUGCAAAAAGUAUAUACUUUAUAAUUUAAAAGAAAUACUUAUUUUAAGAUGAUUUCUCUCAUGGCUUCUCCUGACAAUCCAAUGAGGAUCGGCGCAUUGAGUCAAGAGCAUCGUCUUCUGGCUCAGCUCAGUUCUCCUGGACAUGGAGAGCGUCUUCAUGAAGGUGCUGCGGCCGACCAUCUGUCCAUCUAAUGAUCCGCUCUUCCCUCACUCUGGGAAGGCAGCAGAGCGUGGAGGGGCCAGUAUGAGGCUCCGCUCACAAAAUUGGAAGCUUCAGUAUCAGUCUGACUUGAGGAGUGAAGUGCCCUGUUCAGUGCUGGACAAGGAUGCUGGAUGCUUUUCCCAACUCAAGAAAUGUAAAUCUGAAAUGAUGGACCUCCACUCCUCUCCACUCAGCAGCAUCAGCCAACUUUCCACGAUCCAAGUUCUUUAUCCUCAUCCCUCAUCGCUGCUUGACAACCACAUUGAAUUGAACUGACCUGUUUCCCAAACUAAAUCAAACCCAUGCUCACAUUCAGAUUCUGAAGCUCCAAGCCAGAAGUCUUGCGUUAAAACUCGAGAUUACACAAAGUGGAAACACCUCAAAUGGGAAACGCAACAAACAGCGUGGAAGUGGACAUGAUGAUGGUGGUUUUAUAUCAACAAGAUCCCAAGAAGAAACAGAACUAAAUGACAGGAACAGGUCUGCAGUUCGUGCUGCCCAGACCCCUGAAGGAACGGAGCGGGUGAGGACGGCUGCAGACUUCUCAUGACUCCUCUGUCACCAGUGAGUGUCAGAGCUCCUCCCUUUGUUUCUCCAGGUCACAGUUUCCCUUCUCAUCUCAGUGCUGCCCCAAGUGGCUGCUUGUCAGAGAACAGGCUGGAUUUUGUUUAGGAUCAAUAGCAGGUGUUCUGCAGGUUGAUGUUUUGACUUUGCAUGAAAACUCUUUAAGAGUCUGGCCUCCCUGACAUGGUCUCCAAACCUCUCCCCACUCCCUCGGGUCACAACAACACCAUCAAAGGGACUGAACUCCCUCCUAGACUGGAUCAACUCAUUCACGCUCAUCAUUUCUUUAGUCUCUCUCUAAUUCCUUAAAACUAUGGAAAUGUUUGAUAUGACUGGACUGUAAUUAAGAGGAGCGCGUCUUUGAUAUUUCAAAGUUCUUCGUCUGGUUAUGAUCAAUGAGAGCCACAGAGUCGGUUCAGGAAUUAGAAACGGGCAUCGAUUCUCCAAACUUUUGAGAGAGUUGGAAACUGACUUUGAACAUGUUUAAGCAGCAGCAAUGAGCUUCUUUCCAUUUGAGAACCAGUUUUGGUCUGAACUAUUAUUAUUGUUAUUAUUAUGGGCCAUAAUCUGUCUGACCCUCCUCAGCUGGAGUAACACCCUCUGGGUGCCAGUGUUUUGAAACUGCCUCAAAUGUGCGUGUGAAGCCCAAGCUGCGUUCCCAUCAGUUUGUUCUUCCCCAUCGAUUCCUAAAGUUUCCAAAGUUGCUGCGCUCAAUCUGAGAAUAUUUGCACUGAGAUUAAAUAUGAUUAUCAAAGACUCGCAGACGAUCAAUACGAUCCCACACGUGAGAAUCUUGAUUUCCUGUGUUUGCCAACGUUGGAGGGUAAAUUCCAAAGGUGAAAGGUUAACUAGUAUUAUUUGACAAUAACUGUGUAACAGGACAAAUAAUCAAUGACAAAUAGACUUCUGUGAAUUUGUAUUGAUUGCGGCUCUCGGCUCCAAAACAGCGGCUCCACCUUUCAUCGUCUGCCCAGGUUUCCUUUGAGUACUCCCUCUGUUUCCAGGAUGAAGAUUUGUGAAGUAGGAAUGCAGCUUCUCAACUCGAAAUUAAGGGCUGAAAGUGGGUCUUUAGCUGACAUGCUGCUCUUUAGUGUUCUAAAUGCUGCACUUAUUUUCUCAGCGCCUCCUGACAGUCUCCACAUCACAGCCUCCAACCUGCCAAGUUCCUUUAAUCCUGAGAAAGUAUCUGCGCAUACUUAAACGUGGGACAAAACCCUUCUGACUGCAGGUUUAAAGGAAGCCGCGGAGGAGACGUCGAUGUUAAGUGCAGAGCCGAGGGGAGAUCAAACACAUGACGCUAUGUGUGUUUAGUUCCGACAAGAGAAGAGUUUGUUGCU